AGUGCAAAAACAAUAACAGUAGCAUGCUCUUACGUGCUAGCAAGACAUGAGUUUAGAGAUAUUCUGGGACAAGACGGGAUCGGAGAAAGCUUCCUCCCCAUUCCCCCUACACUGAGAUUCUCCGUCCCAGUUCUUCAGGGUCAAUGAUAUCUCGAAAUGAAUCUGCUCGGGUGAAAUGAUAUCUGGAAAUGAAUCUUCUCCGUUACCUAUCAUUUCAAUCCACAAAAUACAAUGGACCCACUAUUGUGGAUGGAUAAAAAGCAACUUUCCUCUUUCCUCUUUCCCCUUUCCCCUUUCCCCAUCCAUUUUUGUUCCCAAUAUCUCUAUAUUUAUACCCAUUUCCAUGCCCAUAAGCAAGAACUCUCCCCUCCAUACCCAAAAACAGAGCUUCCAUAGCUUAAAACAACUCCCAAUCCAAAAACCCACUUCCAUUUUCAUCCCAAAAUCCCACAUUUCUCAGAAUUAAAGGCUAAAUCAGAAGAACAUUAGUGAAAUUUUUGAGAAGUGAUUCCAUUUUUCAUGGAUUUGUUUGGAAAUCACUCUGUUUCUUGUUCCAUGUUCUUGUUCUUUCUUCUACAAAUUUCCAUUGGGGCUUUUGGAGCUAAAUUUACGUUUGUGAAUAAGUGCGAUUUCACUGUCUGGCCGGGAAUUCUCUCCGGCGCCGGCAGCUUGAAAUUCGACACCACCGGUUUCGAGCUUCGUAAAGGAGGUACCAGGACUUUUCAAGCGCCGCCCGCCUGGUCCGGUCGGUUCUGGGGUCGAACUGGCUGCAGCUUCGAUGGCGCCGGCCACGGUGCCUGUAUUACAGGUGAUUGUGGGUCCGGCGAAAUUGAGUGCAACGGCAACGGAGCUGCCCCGCCGGCCACACUGGUGGAGUUCACUCUCGGGUCAGGCUCUGCCACGUCGCCGGACUUCUACGACACUAGUCUUGUCGAUGGCUACAAUUUGCCGAUAAUUGUCGAGGGGACCGGCGGGACCGGCGCGUGUGGGUCGACUGGGUGCGUCACGGAUUUAAACAGACAGUGUCCAGCGGAGCUUAAGGUGGCGAACGGCGGCGCGUGUAGUAGCGCGUGUGAAAAGUUUGGGACGCCGGAGUACUGCUGCAGCGGCGCGUAUGGUUCACCGGCGACCUGUAAGCCAACGAAAUACUCGACAAUUUUUAAAUCGGCGUGUCCUCGCUCAUAUAGUUACGCCUACGACGACACCACCAGCACCUUCACUUGCUCCGGCGCCGACUAUACUGUCACAUUUUGCCCUUCUUCCCCAAGCCUGAAAUCGUCGACAGAUUCGCCGCCAAAGGCGGCGGGAGCAGGGGCGGCUACUGGCGGAACGGUGGUGGGACAGAUGGUCCCGCUGCCUGAAAAUUCAUGGCUGGCGGAUAUGGCGAUUGGUGACUCAACAAGAACUCACCCACAUUUUGGUUUUCUUAUUUUUGUGUUGAUUUUUGGAAGCUCUUUCUUUUUUUCAUAUUCAAAUUUAUUUUCUUCUUAGCAUUAAAAAUCCGAUUUUGAUUUGGGUAAACAAAUUGGAUUCAAAUUUCAUAUUACUAAACUAAAAUUCUCCCUCGGUUCGUACUUUAUCAUAUUCAAUAAAUCUGUAUACCGACUAACAUGAAUAACAUA